GUGAUCACGUGGUCGCCGAGUCUCGAGCAGGGAGACAGUCGGUGUUCAGCGCCGUUGACUGGUACCGUUACCGAGUCUGUCGAUACGGCUGUGGUCAGGCCUGUACCUCCUGGGCUGGCGUGCUUUGUUUGACUUCUGUCUUAGAGAGUGAGCUUGUUUUACUGGAGAAACCUUCCGUCGUCAUGUCGGCAGUCCAGCGGAUGAAAGUAGCGAACGAAAAACACAGCAAGACAAUCACACAACGCGGCCACGUCCAGAAAAACACGCGCGUGGUGAAUGAGGAGAAGUCUCCAGUGGGUCCGUGGCUGUUGGCGCUCUUUGUGUUUGUGGUGUGUGGAUCAGCCAUCUUCCAGAUCAUCCAGAGCAUUAGGCAGGGCGUGUAGGUGGCGCUCUGUGGCUGACCUGUGUGUUGUUUCCCGGGACAACCAGCAGGAUGCUUCUCCUGCCUCCCUCAAGCUCUCCAGUCAUCUCUGCUCCUGAGCCUUCAACGCAGCACCUGCAGAGUACAACUUCUCUAACUCGCUGUAAAAUGGGCAGUUCUCUUCCUACAUGUUGGUGUUUGAGUUUUCUAUAGCUGAUGUGACUGAGUGUCUAGUGACAGUUGGCAGUAAGUGACUGCUGUAUGUUUCAGGAAUUUUAUGCAGAUCAACUGUGUGUGUGUGUCUCUGUCUCUGGUUGCUAGAGAGAGACAGUGAAGAGCUGUGUGUGUUUGAGUGAAUGUACCCAUGCACACAUGCCAUGUACACAUGCCAUGACCCUCUGUGACCUUUCCUCGUCUGUAGGAUGGGUUGGGUUUUGUCUGUGGUGUAAACUCUGAGCUUCCUCUGUACCCACUGGGCCUGUGCACAUCCACACUGCUCACAUUCUGGAAGACUUAACUCACUUUAACGAUUAAACUCCUCACUAUUGUCUGAAAGAGGUUCCUAUGAAGUUAAGUUUAGGAAGCCAUAAGUCAGUGGUGCAGUGUGUCACCUGCUGUGUGGGCUUCCCCCUUGUGUCUGCCUACCUGCUGACACUAGAGAACUUUACACCUGUUACCUGGUUUUACUUUGUGACAAUUAUCGGUGUCCUUUUGUUUAACUUGUCACAAGACCAGAGGUGUCCUGCAGAAGACAUGAGGGGUUGCACGUGAGGUGAGAGGUCACACAAGGUGAGGGCUUUCACACAAGCACAGGUGCGACUUAGAGUGCCUGCACAAACAGACAACCCUGCACGGACCUAUUUACUGAUCUACACACAAAUAUUCACCCCUCAGUACUGUUGGACACUUUGGAGUCUUAUGAACAUUUUUCCUGUGUGUGUGUGUGUGUGUGUGUGUGUGUGUGUGUGUGUGUGUGUGUGUGUGUGUGUGUGUGAGAGAGAGAGAGAGAGAGAGAGAGAGAGACCCCUAACUGCAAGUGAACAGAUGACUAUGAACUCAGAGUAACAGCACUGAUAAAUGUGUGCAUUGCUAGCCAUAACCCUGCACCAUACCAAAUGACUUCUGCUAUGCAAGGAUUUUAUACAUAAAUAAACCAUAUUUUCUGUACAUACA